UACAAAUGGCGUCGACGAACGGCAACAACAUCUCCUCGGUGGAGGAAAAAAUCGAGAAAUUAGAAAUAUCCGAUGAAAAUAUUAAACAAGAAACAAAUGAAUCGAAAAGUACGAAAAUUUUCGAACCCCAUCUCUCGGGUUUCGAGAUGCGUGAACUUUAUAAAAUCGCCUUUAACUUCUAUAAAGAGAAAGAAGGGAAAGCAGUCCACCUGUCAUACGAGGAUAAAUUGAAACUCGUAGCCUUUAUUCAGCAAGUGACUCACGGAAAAUGCACUGCCGAGAAUGCUCCUCCUCUAGGUGUCCUGGACGUGAUAGGCAAGGACAGAAGAUUGGCAUGGCAAAAUCUCGGGGAUAUAUCAAAAGAAGAGGCAAUGGAGGGUUUCGUUGUCCUGCUCGAUAAACUCUGUCCCCUAUUUAAAACCGUCGUCGAAGCAUUAAAACGAGACAUCGAGGAAAAGAAACGUUUACAAAAAGAAGAGGAGGUGAAAAAAGUUGAGGAGGAAAAAAGACUGAAAGAACUCGAAGAGGAGAAGCAGAAGGAGGAGGAGGAACGUUUAAAACAAGAAAAUCAAAGGCGACAAAUUCAGGAGGCUCUCAAUCAACAAACCUACCAUCAAUUUCGUGCUUACGCUGAACAACAAUAUCCAGGUAAUCCCGAGCAGCAAGGCGUUCUCAUAAGACAAUUACAGGAGCAGCAUUAUCACAAAUAUAUGCAACAAUUGCAUCAGAAUCAAAUAAUCAUCGAGGAUCAUGAACCAUUGAAGGGUGACAAUAUUGGGGAAUUGAAAAUUAAGGAAAGUGAGGAUGCACCAUUGCUGUUGAACGAGGAGGGAACGAAUGAUGAGGAUGAGGAGGAAGACGAGCAACAAGAUUGGCCUCCGAUAGAAUCGCCGCAAAUGUGGACGAAGGAGGGAGUUGAGGAUUUUAAGAGUAUGAUAAAAAAGGAAGCUGGCGAUGCGGUUAUUAAAGUUGGUCAUGGGGAGACUGUUACGGUUCGGGUGCCAACCCAUGAAGAUGGUUCGUGUCUCUUCUGGGAAUUUGCAACUGAUGGAUACGAUAUUGGUUUUGGAGUUUAUUUCGAGUGGAUCAAGCCGGACACCAAUCAAGUUUCUGUGCAUAUUAGUGAAUCUGAGGACGAAGAUGAUGAGGAUGAGGAUUAUGAUUCUAGAGAGGAUUUGGAAAGUGGAGCUGUUGAUGGAGAACCAAAACAGGAAUCUAGUAAACCAUUUGUAUCGCGAAUUAGUGUCAUAGUGCCUGUUUAUAGGAGAGAUUCUCAAGACGAAGUUUAUGCUGGUAGUCAUCAAUAUCCCGGACAGGGUGUAUACCUUCUCAAGUUCGACAAUUCCUAUUCACUAUGGCGAAGUAAAACACUUUAUUACAGAGUUUACUACACAAGGCUCGGUGUGACGAAGAAUUAAAAACUCUAGUGUCAUAAAUAAAUUAAGAAUCAAAGUUAUUACAUUUUAAAUGUGUAUUUUGUUGAACACUAGCUACCGACACGUCUGCGUCUGUCUCUAAUUAUAAUGCUAAUUUGGCAAAAAAAAAAAUAAGCUCUGUGACCUAUUUUCAUGUAAAGCGAGGAAUGUAUUCCUCGAAAAAAAAAUAUAUAUUUAUUGUGUA